ACACCAUGAUGCUGCUCACGAAAUUAUUGAGACAAUUCGGUGGGUCUGUGAAGAAAUCCCAGAUCUCAAGCUUGCUAUGGAAAACUAUGUUUUAAUUGACUAUGAUACAAAAAGCUUUGAAAGCAUGCAGAGGCUUUGUGACAAGUACAACCGAGCCAUUGAUAGCAUUCAUCAGUUGUGGAAGGGAACCACCCAACCGAUGAAACUGAACACUCGUCCCUCCAACGGGCUCCUCCGGCACAUCCUGCAGCAAGUGUAUAACCACUCGGUGACUGAUCCAGAGAAACUUAACAACUAUGAGCCCUUUUCCCCAGAGGUUUAUGGAGAAACUUCCUUUGACUUAGUGGCCCAAAUGAUAGAUGAAAUUAAAAUGACAGAGGAUGAUUUGUUUGUUGACUUGGGCAGUGGUGUGGGUCAGGUGGUGCUUCAAGUGGCUGCAGCCACAAACUGCAAACAUCACUAUGGUGUGGAGAAAGCUGAUAUUCCAGCCAAAUAUGCUGAGACGAUGGACAGAGAGUUCAGAAAGUGGAUGAAAUGGUAUGGGAAAAAACAUGCAGAAUACACACUGGAAAGAGGUGACUUCCUCUCAGAAGAAUGGAGAGAGAGAAUUGCAAACACAAGUGUUAUUUUUGUGAAUAAUUUUGCCUUUGGUCCUGAGGUGGAUCACCAACUGAAGGAGCGAUUUGCGAACAUGAAGGAAGGUGGGAGAAUUGUGUCCUCAAAACCUUUUGCACCUCUAAAUUUUAGAAUUAACAGUCGAAACUUGAGUGAUAUUGGCACUAUAAUGAGAGUUGUGGAGCUAUCACCACUGAAAGGGUCUGUGUCAUGGACCGGGAAACCAGUUUCUUACUACCUGCAUACUAUUGACCGAACCAUACUUGAAAACUAUUUUUCUAGUCUCAAAAAUCCAAAACUCAGGGAGGAACAAGAGGCAGCUAGACGUCGUCAACAAAGAGAAAAUAAGAGCAACACAACUACUCCAACGAAGGUUCAAGAAAACAAGGAUUCUGGUGCUGAAGAAGAAAAGGCUGGGGCAAAUUCUGUUAAAAAGCCAUCUCCCUCCAAAGCACGGAAGAAAAAGCUAAGUAAAAAAGGAAGGAAAAUGGCAGGCAGGAAACGAGGACGUCCCAAGAAAAUGAACGCUGCAAAUACAGAGCGCAAGACCAAGAAGAACCAAACUGCACUAGAACUUCUGCAUGCUCAAACUGUUUCACAGACAUCUUCAUCCUCUCCUCAGGAUGCAUACAAGUCACCUCAUAGUCCAUAUUACCAACUACCUCCUAAAGUGCAACGGCAUUCAUCUAACCAGCUACUGGUGACACCUACCCCACCUGCACUACAGAAGCUGCUAGACUCUUUUAAGAUCCAGUACAUGCAGUUCAUGGCAUACAUGAAAACUCCUCAGUAUAAAGCAAGUCUGCAACAGUUACUGGAGCAGGAAAAGGAAAAGAAUGCUCAGCUACUGGGGACAGCACAGCAGUUAUUCACCCACUGCCAGGCACAGAAAGAGGAAAUCAAACGUCUUUUUCAGCAGAAACUUGAUGAGUUGGGAGUUAAAGCUCUGACAUACAAUGACCUGAUUCAGGCUCAGAAGGAAAUCUCUGCUCACAAUCAGCAACUGAAAGAACAGACGAAACAGCUGGAGAAGGAUAACAGUGAACUCAGGAACCAGAGCUUACAGCUGCUUAAGGCACGGUGUGAAGAACUGAAGCUGGAUUGGUCAACAUUGUCACUGGAGAACUUGUUGAAAGAGAAGCAGGCGUUGAAGAAUCAGAUUUCUGAGAAACAAAAGCACUGUUUGGAAUUGCAGAUCAGCAUUGUGGAACUUGAGAAAAGUCAAAGACAGCAGGAGCUCAUGCAGCUGAAGUCGUACACGCCGUCUGAUGAGUCACUGUCAGUACAGCUACGCAAUAAAAACCAUUUGAGCCGUGAUCCUGAGGCUGAUCACGGCAGGUUCCAACUGGAACUUGAAUGCUCUAAGUUUCCUAUGCCCCACAUCAAUGGCAUGAGCCCUGAACUGUCCAUGAAUGGCCAUGCUACUCCCUAUGAAAUUCAUAACACCUUUAGCAGGCCCUCUUCAAAGCAGAACACCCCUCAGUACACGACCUCUCACCUGGACCAAGAAAUAGUUCCGUGUACCCCAAACCACAGCAGCAGACAGAAGGCAGACAAGAUGACAAGCUUGUCCUUACCUGAUUAUACCAGGUUUUCCCCAGCUAAAAUAGCACUAAGGAGACACUUGAAUCAAGACCAUGCAGUUAAUGGAAAAGCAACAACUAAUGAGAUACAGAGAGCUGACCAUGUCAAAGAGAAUGGCCUUACAUAUCCAAGCCCUGGUAUGUCAAAUGGCAUAAAGCUGAGUCCUCAGGAAACUCGGCCCUCUUCCCCGGCGGCCUUACCAAUUGCAGGCGAGAAGGUUUUGAGAGAGAGAACCUCUGUGAGUAAUGGAGAAACUAUCACCAGCCUACCUAUCAGUAUUCCUCUCAGCACAGUGCAGCCCAAUAAACUCCCUGUUAGUAUCCCUCUGGCCAGCGUAGUCCUACCUAGCCGUGUUGAGAAGGUGAGAAGCACACCUAGCCCAGUUCAUCAGAGUAGAGACUCAUCGACACUUGAAAAGCAGAUUGGUGCUAGUUCUCAUAAUGGCGUAAGCAAUGCUGCUGGAAACAAGCCACUGGCUUUGGCUACCUCAGGUUUUUCUUACUCUUCUGGCUCCGUGGCAGUCAAUGGAAAUCUUACAAACAGCCCAGCCCAUCUUAACCAUAGUGUUGAUCAGGCAGCUCUGGACGACUCUGGGAGUCUAUUUAACUCAGUAGGGUCUCGGAGUUCCACUCCACAACAUCCUUUGCUAAUGAUGCAGUCAAGGAACUCUGGGCAAAACUCCCCUGCUCACCAGCACUCAACAAGCCCCAGGUUAAAUGGCACCUCCCAGAGCCUGGUAGGGGUAUUGCAAUAUGCAGAUGCUCAGAAGAUGUUUGCCGAAGGAACAAAGGGGGAUCUUCAGUCUGAUGCAGCGUUUUCAGAUCCUGAGAACGAGGCCAAGAGAAGAAUCAUCUUUACAAUCUCUCCUAAUACAGGACAUGUAAAACAAUCCCCUUCCAACAAGCACAGUCCUCUGCCCACGAGCACUCGGCUGGACUGUGGCCAAGCACACGCGCAGGAUGGGAAGAAGCGAGGCCGGCGGAAGAGAUCCUCUACUGGGAAUCUCAGCGGGAACUCCGGGGUCUCCCCUAAACGCAAAUCCUUACCUACUGUGUCUGGACUCUUUACGCAACCAUCAGGUUCACCGCUCAAUAUCAACUCCAUGGUCAAUAACAUUAACCAGCCUUUAGAAAUAACAGCCAUUUCCUCUCCUGAAAACUCCCUGAAGAACUCUCCUGUUCCUUACCAGGACAAUGACCAGCCCCCGGUACUGAAAAAGGAAAAGCCCAUCAUUCAGACCAACGGCGUUCAUUACUCUCCUUUAACAUCAGAUGAAGAGCAGGGAUCUGAAGAUGAGCACAAUAGCAGCAGAAUUGAAAGGAAAAUUGCAACAAUAUCAUUGGAAAGCAAAUCUCCACAGAAGACUGUUGAAAAUGGUGGCAGCUUAUCUGGGAGGAAACAAGCACAAAGCAACGAGAACAUGAAUAGCAGUAAAUGGAAAUCUACUUUUUCACCAAUAUCGGACAUCAACCUGACCAAAACUACAGAUAGUCCCUUGCAGUCGGUUUCAUCUCUGAGCCAGAAUUCGCUGUUUGCCUUCAGGCCGUCCUCCGAGGAUAGCCUUGCCAUCGACGCCAAGAUCACAGCACACACAAGGAAAAGCAUUGCCAUGCCCUCGUCUGGGGCAGAUGGGCUCAGCCCUAGUACAAACUCCACUAACGGAUUCACGUACAAUGGUGGACUGUCAACUGACAUUGGUUUACACAGCUUUAUCGAUGGUGCUUCUCUUCCGCAUAAGGCUUCAGACGUGACGACUUCCAACUGCUCCCUGGGUUUCCAGUCACAGCGAAGCAAAGAUGUGGGAGUAUCGGAAACGAAUCCUUUUUUGAACAAGAGGCAACUCGAAGGCCUCAGCGGCACGAAAGGAGAAGACUUAAAUCGGUCAGGGGUCAAAGGCAAAGAGAUCAGCGAAAUAAGCAUUCGUACUGGGGGUUCUUCAGAAAAAAACUCUUUGCAGCAUAACGGAAAGGUCGGCAAAGGAAGGGACCGAGAUGUGGAGUUUAAAAAUGGCCACAACCUUUUCAUUUCUGCUGCUGUUUCGUCUGGUGGCCUUCUGAAUGGUAAAAGCCUUUCUACUGCUGUUUCUUCAGCAGGCAACCCAGCAUCUUCUGUUCAGACGCACCAUCCUUUCCUAAACACUUUGACCACUGGAUCGCAGUUCCCCCUCGGCCCCAUGGCCUUGCAAGCAAACCUCAACUCGAUGACAAAUUCCUCAGUAUUGCAGUCCUUAUUUAAUUCAAUGCCAGCUGCUGCCAGUCUGGUCCACGUGUCAUCAGCUGCAACCAGACUGACUAAUUCUCACACUAUGGGGAACUUCUCUCCUGGGGUUACAGGUGGAACAGUUGGAGGUAUUUUUAACCAUGCGGUGCCUUCUGCCUCCUCUCCUCAUCAAUUUGGAGCCAGUUUCAGCAGCAGUGCUGUCUCUAGCAGCACAGUGCUAAGCUUAAACCCUCUGCAGGCUGUUGCCAGCACCUCAUCCUCAUCCUUCCCACCCCCUUCCUCUAAUUUAGUAACAUCUAGUGAGACUAGAUCUGCUCAGCACCUCAACAGAGCGCCAGUGCAAUCUGUUUUCCAUUCCCCUCCACCGCCCCCUCCUAACGUUUCAUUGCCCCCACCUCCUCCAUUACUUGCUUCUAACUCCGAGCCUGCGCUUCUGCAGAACCUGCCAUCCAUCCCACCUGGCGAAGCUUUUUUGCCAUCCUCUUCUGCUGCUUCUGUCCAAUCUGCUAAUGCUUCUUUGUCUAUUAAGCUAGCUUCUCUCCAGCACAAAACCUCCCGCCCCUCCUUUACAGUCCAUCACCCGCCUCUGCCCCGUUUGGCGCUGGCACAGUCCGCGCCUAUGAUCACGCAGUCCAACGCAGCUGGCACGUCCGCUAUGUGGGUUACACUUGGCAUGCAGUCUCCUUAUGCUUCGCACCUUUCUGGGGUUAAGCCACGAUAAAGAGCUUGCUUAGCUAACAGUUCUUAUUUUGUAAGGUAAGGCUAGAGAAAAAAAAAGAGGAGUUUUGUACAAGAUGCUGAAUGAUGCUUCUUCCUUUUCAGAGAUAGGUUGGGGAUGGGCUCUGUGAAACAGAGAAACCUCUAAAAUGUGGGAAGCAAAUAAUCUGAUGGCAGAGGAUGGAGUCUUAAUGCUCUCUGUUCUGGGAGUCAGGAUUUCUCGACAAGGAGUGCUCACAAUAGUAACUCUGGUCUGUCUCAUCUGACAUUAGGAUUAUGUUCAGGUUGAGAUCACUUCAUGAAAACGUUUAUUUCUGAAGAUCAGUAAUCAGGAGGAAAUGUCUAUUUUUUAAGUAUGGUUUUAUACAGCUAUUGGAAGUGGUUGUUUCCUACUUUGAUUCCCCCCUCCCCUCUUCUUGCCCUCCGACACAGACUGUUGCACCUCCACAAGUCCAUGUUUGCAUAGCGUUAGGAUGCGUGAUGGUGCUGCUUUGUGACUGUAUGUGGCAAUGCGGUGGUCUUGAUUUUACUGUCAGUCAACAACAGCUGCUCUAAAUAAUCAUAAAGUCAAAAAUCUCCAGGUUACAAGCUGCAGCUUUGUCUUGGAGAGCAAAUGCACUGGUCUUGCAUUGCAGUUAAUGUGCCCCCUGCAUCAAUGGAAAACACAACCACAGGUAUCAAAGAAGGGUUGUAAUUUAUCUGUGCACUGCAGCUUUAUUGGACUUGCCUGCUAGGGCUAACAGUAACAGACUCCAUCAGAUGCUGUAUUUAUGCUCACUUAGCAAUCACUGGCUUACUGAGUAGACUGUGAAUGAGAACAUAGGGAAUCUGCAGGGUUAACUGUCGUCCAUGCUUCAUAAAGGCUGGGGCCAUAGAAGAGAGGAGGGUUUCCGGAGACUGUAUGCAUUUUUACUGAAGCAGGUAUUUAAAUGUCUUUAGAGCAACUCCAGAAUAAAGUGUACCACCACAGAGUUGGGUACUGUUGUUCAUGAAAAUACUCUGUGGCAUCCUGAUGUAACAACUUGUGCUUGCAAACUUAAAUCAGUAUGUUAGGCCCCAGAGCUUGCUCCGUGCUUUUCUUGUAGGUCUUUGAUGUUGUUGCUGUUCACUGAUACCAAAGCUACAUACAAUAUAUGGUUGAAUACUCUUUGCCGCUUAUAAAACAUAUGACUCAAUUACAAUAUACCUGAGAGAUUCUUUUGAUUGUGCAUUGUGUAUAGUGUCUUCAUCAUCAAAUUGCUCCACAGACACGAACAAAUCCUCAUUAGGCUUUUGUGAGGCACGUAAGUAUUACCUCCGUCCUUCUAUACAAGAAAGUGAGGCUGAGGAAGAGUUUUGAGUAAUGUGGUCCCUGCGUGCCAGCAGAGACCAACAGUGUGAUGUGGUUACAGAAUGGGCUUGAAAGACCCUGAAUAGAAACAAGAUGGGGGAAAAGGGGCAAGGAGGGUUAGGCUUGGGGUUUUGUAUACGUGAGCGACUCAAGCGAGAACAGUGUGAAAGCCUUCUGCUGAAGCAGUUGCCUUAUCUGGAACUGAGGUCAUAUUGAGCCAGACUCCAUACCAUCGGAUGUGACGGUCCCUGUCGCAAAAAGGUUCUGAGUAAAAUAGGCAAGGCACAAAAGUGACGUAUGGAGAAAAGUAGCUGGAUGACAAAGCUGGAUUGUGGAGCAAAGGAGCAGAAAUAAUGCUACCAGGAGAUGGUGUAUGACAGACGUACCGUAGUUGUGGUCCCGCUCCGUGUGACUCUUGAACAUAGGUCAAAUAUUUGAGCCAUUUCAUUGACUUCGGUGUGAAUACGUGUGCUCAAGAGUCCUUGAUGAACCAAGGGUGAAAUCUGGAAUCGGGGGCUAAAAUAAACUGCUUUGCUUCUCAUAAUGUUUCUCCCCCAGGGUAAUAAAAAAUUCAAAGCAGAUUAGUGUGUGCUAGAAAAAGGUGAAGUGGGGCAACACUUCCCCCCCCCUUCGAGGUUGGUCACAGGAGGACAGACUUCAAGAUGGUUACACUGCCAGAAAGUUUUAAAAACUGCAAUAGCCAGGAGGGGCCGCGUGUCGCUCUUGGAGGCAUCCUUUCUGUCUAAUUGCGGUUGGGUCAAGAGUUGCUCCUCCUUUGCUGGCUAACGAGGUCUUGGAGCAAUGUAGAAAUGAUUGACGCAUCUAACACACAGUAGAUUUUUGUCUUUUAUUUAGAUGAGUCUCUUC